AUGGCUCGGAUCCCGCCGGGACUGUUUCGAGCUACUACGUUGAAUCAGGCUAUGGCAGUGCUGCUGGACAUGCCUACAGUCCCAUGGACGACGGAGGCCUUUCACAGGAGCACAUGGGAGACGGAUCAGGUGGAUGCUUUCAUCAGCCAUUCCUGGCACUCCGGACCAUGGUUGAAGUGCUUUGCCCUGUGCUUCGACUAUAACCUGGGUCGGGCUGCUGUAGCCAGCGUGGCGACAUUUCUGCUCAGUUCGAUGUCGCUCUAUCUCUCAGCUGCAGGCGAUCAAUCUCACUAUGCUCAAGACGCCUUGGCAACGAGCGUGUGGGUGCUGCCCCUGACAGUUGACUUACCGAUGGUCGUUUUUUUCACGUUGUUCUUCUUUGGCCACUUAGUGGCCCAAGAACAGCCUACAUCUACAGUCUGGCUCGACAAGGCCUGCAUUUACCAGGUAGAACUUGAUGAAAAGCAGCAAGCCAUAGCAGCCCUACCCGACUUUCUGAAGCAAUCUGCCCGCGUGCUGGUGCUUUGGGACGAGACCUACUUUUCUCGACUCUGGUGCAACUUAGAAAUCGCCACUUUUGCGAGAAGCCAUCCUAAUCCUGGCGGAAUACGAAUAUUGAGCCGCUGGAUGGCUGUGUGGCUUCUGUCCAGCUUGCUGACCGCGUGGUUUGGCGUUCGCUUUGUAUGGCCAUGGUACAUGACGAUCAACGACACCGUUGAGCAAAGCUUCGUGGUCAGCUAUUUGAUGACUACGAGGACAGCCUUCGACUUCAUAGCACAUGCCAUGGUGGGUUUUAUUCCCAUCUUUGUUUGCCAGACGCCCGAGCAUACUGUGGCCGCCUUGGCUUUCACUUACAAGGCCAGGCAGAACAACAUCAUGCUGGAGCACUUUUCCAACUUCGAUGUGCGAAAUGCGCAGUGUACCGUGUCUGACGAUCGGCCGGCCCUCUAUGACCAGAUCGCCCGCUUGUUUGACGGCAUAGACGAAAUGCCGAUCAGCGUUGAGUUUGGGGCUCCAGAGAGUUUCGGCGAGCCCUUGACCUCGGACGUCGCCCGCGAGCCGAGCGAGCAGGUUGAGCUCCUCCGGAGCUCCCCGAGACUGCGUGGGAUUACCAGCUACCCAAGCCAAGAGGAGUGUUUGGUCAUGUUCAACGAAUACGUCAGAACAGAGCUUUGCAGCCAGAUCAUCGCUGAUUUGGGGGGCCCCUCGCAGUUCCGAUGGAAUCUGGCCAUACUAUCCUUCCUGCCACACUUGUUCUUCUUGAUUGAGUUUGAAUACCUCCAGUGUGAGCAAGCUGGUUGUGCAGUGCUUCCAAAGCUGUACGGCCUGGGCUCUAUCACGCAGUAUUGGCUCUUGGUCUUGAUGUUGUAUGCGUACAUCUGGGUGGUUCUGCUGCCAUUGUCCUGCCCCGGAAACAUUUGGCUUGUCAAUGCCAUUAGCCCCCACGGAGGCGGGCCCUUGAGAUGGCUACUGACCCUCCUCGUCGGCCCUUUCAUUAGUUUCUGCUCCGCCUUGGCCCAGUCCAUUUUCUGGGGGGCCGUAUCUGAACUGCUGAUGAAGGGAUGCUGUACCCUUCCUCUUCUGGUCUUGCUGUCGCUGUUGGCAGCCUCUGCCCUGCUCUGGAAAGCUGCCUUCCUCGAUCCCAACUGGACGCGCAAGUUGUCCACGCGUGCUUGCAUGCGCUGCGUUCCGUGA